AUGUUUUCGGAAAAAUCACACAGUACAGGCGAUGAUCAUCCACCGGUGCGGUUGCCCGAUAAGCGUGCGGAUCCGCGCGAAACAUCUGCCAGCCAUCGUAAGAGAAAAUUUCAUCGGAAAACCGGUGUCACCGCACUGGCGGCACCGAAUCUGGAACAGUUACAACGAGCUGCCGGCUCACGAUUCAACUGGGCCCUGACCACCAGUGUUCUGGCCACAUCUGUGAAAAAGCAGGCCUCCUCGGUCUUAUUCCAAUUCGCACGUCGUAAACGUUCUCAGAUCGAGAACCCGAUCAUUGAUGUGACCAAGUGUAGCACCCCACCCGCGGAAUCGCCGAAUUACAUGUCGGCAUCCAUGGAAGAGGUGGGUCAUCCAGACAGUGCUUGUAGAUCACUAUCGGUCGGGACAUACGAUCAAAAUUCCGUGUGUUUGGGGCAAACUUUCAGUGGGACAACAUAUUCGCCAUCGCUUGAGAGCAGUUCCGGGUUGUGCAGUCCACAUUCGGAGAAUGAAUACACUCCGGUCAAUAGAAAAGGUCGGCGUCACUACUCGGGUGGAAGUGAGGGUAAACCUUGCCUGGCCUCCGAACCCGGAACAGAUGACAGCUCAAAUACACCCCGAUCAAAACGGUUUUCAUGUAGCCAUGUGAAAUUCUCUGACGAGCUGAAUACUGUGGAUUCACUUGGGGAUGAUCGACUGACGGGACGCAGUUGUACUUGCCCCGUUUUACCAGAAACCGGUGCAGAAGUCGAUUCGUCUGGAGAUGCCGGGGGUUAA